AUGGGUAGCCUCGCAGAAACGUACGAUAAGCAAGGCCGACACGAUGACUCUGAGCGGCUGAAAGAGCAGGCAUUGACGCUCCAGUUAAAAAUUCUCGGGGAGAAGCACCCCGAUACAAUCAGGACCAUGGGGUCCCUCUCAAUAACCUACCAUUUUCAACGUCGACUUGCCGAGGCUGAGAAGCUGAAAGAGCAAACUUUAAAACUCAGGCAAGAGAUUCUUGGGACGAAUCACCCCGACACAAUUUUGACCAUGACCAGCCUAGGGGCAGUCUAUAUAAGUCAGGGAAGAUGGCUCGAUGCUCAAGGCGUCCUAGAAGAGGCGCGAAUCCUCCAUGUAGAAAUGCUCGGCGAGAAACAUCCCGACACAGUCGAAAGCCGAUUAAACUACGGCAGAUUACUCUAUAACAGCGGCCGAAAUAACGAGGCGAAAUUGACGUUCAUGAUGACACUGUUGAGGCUGGAUCUGCUGAGGGAGCGAUUAGGAGAUAAACAUCCAAACACAUUGCUGGCCAUGGCAAGGCUUGCGCAGUGUUGGCGGCAUACAGAUCCGGACGAAGCGAAGAAGAUAUUGAUUGAAUUGUUGCAGAUUCAUCGGGAAGUGAGUGGGGAUGAGCAUGCUGAUACGAUUCAGACUAUGAAGGAUCUUGCAGCGUGUGAGGAAGAAAUUCGAAACAAAGAUUCCAGACAGGCAAUUCAACAGUAGCAGGACAAUGAGCAGAUGCCGGGUCGAGAUGACGAAUCGAAGCGAAAGCCUGCACGUAGGGCUGUAAGACAACUUAUGCAUGAGAAAAUUCAAGUGCUCAAGAAUUGGGGGCUUCAGAAGGGCAAU